AUGGAGACCUUGGCAAUCGCCAUGAGGGACUCUGACCGCUCGGGUCAUUCUUCCCUCAGCGACGGGGAAGAUUCCUCAGGCACAGGAGUGGAAGUUUCCCCGCCCUCGGUUACGGGAAGCCCCGAUUACCAUGACUCUUAUGAUGUCGGUGGCCCAUGGGAUCACCUCUCCUCUUCCGAUGAGCUAAAGCCGUCUGACUCUGCCUCAAGACCCCGCACCUCCCAUUUCAGUCAUGCCAACGUUGACCCUGGCCGUCCCAGGCCCUCGCGCCACCAGACGAACCGGCGACGAGCCGCUCAAGAACGGGAGCCGCUUUCGCAUCGACCUCGCAGACAUCACGCGCCCCAGCAGCCGCCGCCGCCGCCUCCGCCUGAGCCAGAAACAGAAGAAUCCUCGGAGGAAUAUGACUAUCCCCUACCGCCUCAUGAUCCACGAUUCUGGCCACCAAUGGCACCCGUUCCGCCCCCAGGAUACCCCCCAAGUAAUUCUUCGGGUCCAUCAUUCGGUGCCUUUCCUCCGCCGCACUUGCACGGCCACCCGGGGAUGCCAUCCAACCAGUUAGUUCAGCUUGGCCCAAUGGGACACAUACCAUCCUUGGGAUCUAUGGGACCUGUACGACAUGUGGGACCCAUGGGACAUAUAGGUCCACCGCCGAACCAUAUAAAUCAAUACGGCCCUAGCGGUGCGUUUCCAUUCUCUCCGGCGUACCCACCCACUACUGGCUACUUUGGAAAUAAUGAACAUCAUUCUCCACCGUCACCUCACCAUCAUCAUCAUCGACCUCAGAGUCGUUCAGGGGGUCGGAUGGAGGACGACAGCCCUCCGCCGACGCUUGCACAUCCCAUUCCCGCUCGCAUUCACCCCCAAUUUCCAGGUGCCCCAUUCAUGUCUUCCGAUAUGGUGCCAUUCAAUUCCCAGCCGGGGUACUUUCACCACUAUAGUCAGCUCCCAUAUGGGAUACCCCAAGGCAUGAUGUCACCUCACUUUUUCCACCCUUACGCCCCUAUACCUUCUCCACCGGAAAAGCCGCCGACUGCCCCAGAGAAGGAGAGUACUCCCCCUCCUCCGCCGCCGCCCCCACCUCCACCAGAACCACCUCAGCCCGACCCGAAAGACGAAGCGAUCGCACGUCUCGAGAAGCUCAUUAUUGAUGAAAGGAUGGAGCGUGAAGCUAGAGAGGCAGCUCGAGAAGCUGCUUUUGAGAAAGCUGCUCGUGACAAGGCCGCAGCUGAAGAGCGAGCCGCCAUCGAGAAGAAAAUCGCAGAUGAGGCUGCCGCAAAUGCAACUGCUCUCGCAAAAGCGGAAGCUCAGGCAGAAGCUGAAGUCUUGAAAGCCGAGGCAAAGGCAGAAGCUGAAAGGGUUAAGGCUGAGGCAGAAGCGGCGGCAGCGGCGGACGCUGCUUUGGCUAAGAAAGCCGCUGAGGAAGCCACGGCUGCCGCUGUAGCAGAAGCCACGGCUGCCGCCACGGAGGCUGCCAACGCCAGAACUGCCGAAGCUGUUGCUGCUGCUACAGCUGCUGCCGCUGCCAAACCACCCCCUGAAAAGAAAAAGCCUUUGAAAUUCAAGGAUGCUGUAGGAAGAAAAUUCAGCUUCCCUUUCCACUUGUGCAAUACUUGGCAGGGUAUGGAAGAACUGAUUCGUCAGGCUUUCCUUCACAUUGAUGUACUGGGCCAGCAUGUUGCGGAUGGUCAUUAUGAUCUUAUUGGACCUAACGGAGAUAUAAUUCUCCCGCAAGUAUGGGAAACUGUCGUCGAACCGGACUGGUCCAUAACCAUGCACAUGUGGCCUAUCCCCGAAAAGCCCCAGGAACCAGAAGUCCCUCCGCCACCACCUCCACCGGCAGAGGAAGCGCCUCCUAUUCCCCUCGUCGAAGUCCCGAUUAUAGAACCACAAGAUUCUGACUUUUUUGAAGCUGACGAGCCGUUCACUUUAGUCCCUGAGGAUAUUGGCGAACUACCGCCUCCCUCUACCGGCUCUAGGAAAGGUCGACCGGCACCCAUUCCAAAGGGGUUCGCAAUGUGGAUGACCGGCAGGGGAAAACCAAUACGUGUUAUUAAAAAAUAA